CGCCAAUGUUGUAGCUACCACCACACACUCACAGAAAUUUAGCAACCGAAAGUUAACUAUAAAUUGGUUUGAAAUGCCUUUGAUUGUCAAAGAUUACACAUGGACACAGACAGAAUCGAUUGUUUACAUAAAUGUACCAUUAAAAGGAGUAAAGGUUGGGAAAGUAGACAUCUUUUCCACAGACGAAUAUCUGAAGGUAAACGUUUUUUUGGAAACACCCUAAAGCUAGCUUGCUAACGUUAGCUAGCUACCUAUCUAAAUGUUGUCAACAGUAGUAAAUGGGCAAUUGCUUUGGUAAUCAGUUUGCUUUGGCUUGCCUCCUUCAUUUAGGUACAUUUCCCCCCAUUUUUAUUUGAAGCCUUCCUGUCUGAGCCAAUAGAUGAUGACAAAAGCACAGCAAAAAUUGGAAAUGGAGUUGCAGUUUUCACAUUGCAGAAAAAGAAGGAGAGACUGUGGGAGCACCUUGUGAUUAAUAACAGUAAGUCAUUAGCUAACAUCAAUAUAGAUAUUAGUCUAGUUAGCUAAGUAAGGGAUAAUCAACGAGGGUCUUUGCAUUGGAAAAUAAUGAAUGACAUUGAAGAUGCGCUGGCAGAGUGGAACAAACCUUCCAUGGAGUUGCAUUAUUUUCCAGAGAACGCAUAGAGCCCCGAGUUGAUUAUAACCCUUACAUACCAUGGCUAUAAUUUAACACAUUUGCUGCUGGAAAUGUGUUCAACAUCCACUGACGUAGCUAGCAAGUUUACUAGAUAGGCUAGCUACAGUAGUUGCCUUGGUAACCAAACAAACAGACUUGCUAGUUUAGCUAACCAAACCAUCAGUCCUAGCUUGCUAUUAUUGAAAUCGAAUUCAGCAAUGCCAAUAAUGUUUUCAAUUCGACUUUUGCUUUCAAAAGCAGCUCAAACAUAGAACAUGUAAGAAUGAACUAAAGCCAUUGAAUUCUACCCUGCUGAUAGACCGUGCCUUAUAGGUAAUUAAUGCACGCUCUAGAAUGCCCUUCAAGCCAAUCAGAAACAAGUAUUCAACAAUGCCAUGGUAUAGCAGCUGCUAUACAUUAUGCAAAGUAGUCACAGUGUUUUUACAACUUAAUUAUAUGUAUUACAUUUGACCCUGAUUGGUAUUAUUCCACAAAGAAUAUAUUAUAAUGAUCGUGUGUGUAUCUGUUUUAGAUGACAAAGACAAAUUGAGAGAGAUCAGGGAAAGAGAACUCCUGAAAGCCCAGGAAAAGCUUGCUGCUGAGUCGAAAGCCAAAGCUACAAAGACACAAGAAGAAAGGAAAUAUGCACUUGAGACCAUGAUGAAGGUGAGAUACACUUGUAAAAUAUAUUCUGUGUAAUUUGUGUUAAGAAUACAUCUUCAUUUUCAGUUAUUUGAUAUUUUCAGCUUGAAGAAGAAGAGAGAGCCAGGAUCCAGAAAAUGAAGGAUGAUGAACGUGAGAAAGCAACAGCAGAGUUGGAGGCAUGGAAACUGAAGCAGAGGCAAAUAGCAGAGGAGGAGGCCCAACUAAAGCUACAAAGUCAGAGAAUCAAGGUUGACAAACAAAGCAGAUCGGAAAAGAUACAUGUACCCAGAACAUCAGACAGAUGCAAGGUCAAGCAUGGUAAAUAAAACUCUGGUACAAUCGAAUUGUACAUUCUGCAAUCAUAUGUUUGAUUGGUUGACUAUUCCAUAAUGAAUAUCAUCUGCUUGUUUCUUACAUAGAUCAGAAAACCAGUGUUCAAUCAAUCAGCAAGAAAAAACAGGUGGAUUUGCCAGCUCCAAGAUCCACAGGCAACAUUCAAAUCAAGUUCACACCGCGAGUGUUUCCCACGGCCCUACGAGAAUCAAGAGUACCAGAGGAGGAAGAGGUGUAAACUCAUCCUUUCCCUUUCCACUUUCAAGUAUUAACCAGGUUUUUUCAUCAGUGAAUCUUUGGUUUAUUAAUGGGCAAUUCCGCCACUUUUCAACCUCAUAUUCAUUAUCUGCAGCACCAUACCAGUGUCUACAUACUGUAUGUGAAAACGGCACGUUUCUAUGAUCCGUGGUUAAAAAGAUAAGAACAGUCCUAAAAAAUGAUUAUCUGUGACAUCACAGGGUAGGAUUAAAAGUCAGAAAAACUGUGAUUUUCAAAACCUGCAACGAGUUUCUAGCCAGAGGGAAGGUAUAUUAUUGCUCCCCACGUCACUGUGAAUCUCAGUGUUUGAAAAUCACAGUUUUUAAAAUGUUAACUUUUGAUUAUGUCAUCGGGUAGAACAUUUUAACUUAGAAAUGCCCCGUUUUCACAUAUGACAUUAUACUGAGGGUUAUAUUAAUCCCACUGUGGAACGUAAUAUAGUGCUGAAAAUCACAGUUUUUGUUAAUUUUUUAAUGUAAUUUGUGAUUAUAAGAAUCCCUCCAGAAGGUUUUGUUCCCACGAUUUGAACUUUACCUGUAUAAAAUACACCUGUCCACACACUCAAUCAAACAGACUCCAACCUCUCCACAAUGGCCAAGACCAGAGAGCUGUGUAAGGACAUCAGGGAUAAAAUUGUAGACCUGCACAAGGCUGGGAUGGGCUACAGGACAAUAGGCAAGCAGCUUGGUGAGAAGGCAACAACUGUUGGCGCAAUUAUUCGAAAAUGGAAGAAGUUCAAGAUGACGGUCAAUCACCCUCGGUCUGGGGCUCCAAGCAAGAUCUCACCUCAUGGGGCAUCAAUGAUCAUGAGGAAGGUGAGGGAUCAGCCCAGAACUACACGGCAGGACCUGGUCAAUGACCUGAAGAGAGCUGGGACCACAGUCUCAAAGAAAACCAUUAGUAACACACUACGCCAUCAUGGAUUAAAAUCCUGCAGCGCACGCAAGGUCCCUCUGCUCAAGCCAGCGCAUGUCCAGGCCCGUCUGAAGUUUGCCAAUGACCAUCUGGAUGAUCCAGAGGAGGAAUGGGAGAAGGUCAUGUGGUUUGAUGAGACAAAAAUAGAGCUUUUUGGUCUAAACUCCACUCGCCGUGUUUGGAGGAAGAAGGAUGAGUACAACCCCAAGAACACCAUCCCAACCGUGAAGCAAGGAGGUGGAAACAUCAUUCUUUGGGGAUGCUUUUCUGCAAAGGGGACAGGACGACUGCACCGUAUUGAGGGGAGGAUGGAUGGGGCAUUGUAUCGCGAUAUCUUGGCCAACAACCUCCUUCCCUCAGUAAGAGCAUUGAAGAUGGGUCGUGGCUGGGUCUUCCAGCAUGACAACGACCCGAAACACACAGCCAGGGCAACUAAGGAGUGGCUCCGUAAGAAGCAUCUCAAGGUCCUGGAGUGGCCUAGCCAGUCUCCAGACCUGAACCCAAUAGAAAAUCUUUGGAGGGAGCUGAAAGUCCGUAUUGCCCAGCGACAACCCCGAAACCUGAAGGAUCUGGAGAAGGUCUCUAUGGAGGAGUGGGCCAAAAUCCCUGCUGCAGUGUGUGCAAAAACCCGUUCAAGACCUGAGGAAACAUAUGAUCUCGUAAUUGCAAACAAAGGUUUCUGUACCAAAUAUGAAGUUCUGCUUUUUGAUGUAUCAAUACUUUGUCAUGCAUAAAAGCAAAUUAAUUACUUAAAAAUCAUAAAUGUGAUUUCUGAUUCCGUUCCUCUCACAUUUAAGUGUACCCAUGAUAAAAAUUUCAGACUUAUGCUUUUAAGUAGAAAACCUUUAAAAUGGCAUGUAUCAAAUACUUGUUCUCCCCACUGUAUAGACACUGUAUUUUGCUGAAGAUAAGGAAAAAGGGAAAUUGAAAAGUGGUGGAAUUGCCCCUUAAAUAUGGGUAUUGACUGCUUUGUCUUUACUUUAAGCUAUGGACACGGGAUAUGUAAGAGUUGCGUUUGUCCAUUCUCGGUUCCCUAUUGGGAGGUAGCGUCAUGUUGUUGUGUUUUAUUUUUUACAUUUUAUCAAGCCAACCCAAUCAUAUGUUUGUGUUUUGUUGGAACAGUGGCUUCAGAAGCAGGCCGAGGCCAGAAGGGCAAUAAAUGCAGACCUGGCAGAGCUGAAGGACCUGACAGAAGAAGAGAGGAACCCUGACUGGUUAAAGGAGAAAGGCGAGUAAGUAGGCUAAUAUUGUCAAAAUCAGUGAUCAUCAAACAAUGAAGCAGUGUUAAUAUUAAAUGUCUUCCCUCCAUGUUUUUCAGCAAAUUGUUUGCAACUGGUAACUACUUGGCUGCAAUCAAUGCUUACAGCCUUGCCAUAAAGCUUAACAGAGCGAUUCCUGCCAUAUAUUCAAACCGUGCUGCUUGUCACUUGAAACUAAGGAAUCUUCAUAAAGCCAUUGAGGAUUCCUCUUGGGUCAGUAUUCAUCUUUCUUGUGUAAAUGUUUCCUUUUACUCAACAGCGUUGGUAAAAGAGCUGGUUGUAUAGAAUAUGACAUUACAAUGUUUCCUCAUACCCACAAUCUUUCAUUGCAGGCACUUGAUCUGUUGACGCCACCCGUGGCUGGCAAUGCAGGUGCCAGAACAAGAGCCCAUGUAAGACGAGGCACAGCUUUUUGUGAACUGGAGCUCUAUACUGAAGGUCUGUGCAAUGUCAACAAGGGCAUUUCUCAAGCCUCAAUGCUACAUGGCUCCCCUUGGCACUUUCUAUUUUAGUUUUAGACCUCAUUGUCAUUCAUACUUGGACAAGUGAAAUGCAAAAAAGAGAAAAGACAACUGAAUUUAACAAAUUAGUAUAGUUAUAGCACCUUUGACUUUUUUUCUACAGAUUUAGACAAAAAGUUCCAUGUGUAAAGAAAAGGAGCUAAUGUAUUUGUUAAGUACUGUAGCCCCAGAGAUGGGUGUUUUGUGCUUUACCCUGUGUAACACCGACCUCUGCUGGCUAAAAAGUAGAUUCUAUUUUGUUUGUUCUGCCCAGAAUGAAAAGCCUACUUUCGCCUUGUGACUGAAAUAAUGCUGCUGUGGAUAUCCUAGGCUAGGGAGUAGGGACAGCUGGUUUAGCAGACUAUGCCUACCAUGCAUGGCCUAUGCAGUCAGUUAAACUUUUUUUCUCAUUUGGAAAUAUUUUCAUAGGUCUUCAAGAUUACCAGGCUGCUUUGAAGAUUGAUCCUCAAAAUGAAACUCUACAAGCCGACACACACAAAAUCAGACAAAUCAUCCAAGGGAGUGCACCCUGUCCUGAAUUAAUAAAACAAUAAUUUAAAAGACAUUUGUAUACAUUUUUGCAAUGAGGAACACUUUACAAUGAAUGCUGAUAGCCCACUUGUUCAAUGUAGCCUAAUGUGUUUAUAGUGAUACAAUAUUUUUUUUUAAAGUCAAACAUUGUAAUUUGCUCCCGCU